UUUUCGACUCAAACGGCUGAUCCAGUUGCCGAACCUUGUGAAAAACUGUGUGAAAUCGUUGCGGAUACUAAGGCUGCAAUUGAGCCAGAGCUAUAUGUACCUAGUCAUCAUACAUGUGAUUGUAACCCAUGUGGAAAUGACAUUAAAAACGUCAAGUUAGACAUUGAAGAUUUGCAGAAACAAAUUAGUUCUAUUAACAAUGUUAUUGAUUCUACAAAUGGCAUUAUAGAGUCAAUGAGUGAAAUGUUGCUUCCCGGUGAUGGCGGUGGUCUUACUCAUGAUCGCAGAACUGAGGCUACGGUAAAUGAGCUGUAUAAAAUCAUUGAUGAGAAGAAUAAAGUAAUUAUGGAUCGUGAUAAUACUAUUAGGGAACUUAAAACUAAAUUAUUAGAGGCCGAAA